CGCGCGCUGUGAGAGGAAGGAAACUGACGAAACUAAACGUCUCAACUGCAACGCAGCGGAACAUCUCGACUCGGAGUUAAAUUAACGAGUGGACCUGGUCAGCACGUGGUUAUGAACAUGUGGACGUGAUAAUUUGUUUAUCAGUUUAAAAAACAAAAGUUUUCAAGUAUUUUUCGUCGGUAUUAUUUUUUUGAUAAACGCCACAGAGAAGGAAGCGCGUGAGGAGCGGAUACACGCGCGACUCUUCCGCACCGGAAACUCUCGAACAGUUGUACUUUUUUGGAGAUUGUUCUUGCACAUAAAGAAAACACGUACAGCGUUAGGAAAUGCUACAGUUCUCGUGAAGGACUACCCGUUUUACACUUAAACUGAGUAUAGAGUUUAAAGUAGAAAAAAGUACCGCUAUUCAAUGGCUUCUCAGGGGCCAGGACGCAAACGAACUCCUAACAGAACCGGAGUGACUCCAGAGGAGGAUGCGCUAAAUGUCAUAGCACGAGAGGCUGAAGCCAGACUGGCAGCUAAACGGGCUGCCAGAGCAGAGGCUCGGGAGAUCCGUAUGAAGGAGCUGGAGAGACAACAAAAAGAGAUUUAUCAGGUUCAGAAGAAAUACUAUGGACUGGAAACCCUGGACAACAAAUGGGGAGACAUUGAGCAGUGGAUGGAGGACAGUGAGCGGUAUACACGCCACUCACAGCAUCAUGUUUCGAUGUCAGAUGAUGAAGAGAGUAUGCUGGAGGGAAGCAGGAGCAAUGUGCAGUUGGAUUUGGAUUCAGUUGGUGCACAGGCUGGGCUUUCCCAUACAUCAUUUUCAAAUUCUCACAAGAUUGCAAAGAAGAAGAAAAAGAAGAUGAAGACCGUUUCUGAUUUUAGUAAUGGCUACGAAAAUGAUAACAGCACAAUUUCCAGUCGGGGAUCUUUAUAUGAAAAGGGUCUCUACAGUAGCUCUCUGCGUUCCAGUACCAGUAAUUUGUCCGUGUAUAGUGGUCUUUUGGGCUUAAGCUCCAGAACCUCCUCCAGGGCAGGUUCCAGAUGUGCUAGCCCAGUGGAAAAUAGCAGCAGCUCAGUGGCCAGUUUUUUGCGAAGGGCACCUAGCAGCAGUGGUCUUUCCAGAGAUUUGGAUCAUGUAACCAUUCCUGAUAUGCCAAGCUUAGACGAUGGAUUGGAUAAAGAUUUUUUAGAAGAGGGCUCCUCUCAAGCAUCUAUUCUGUCCUUGGCGACUCUGACUUCUUCACGCAAAGGAAGUGGUGGUUCAUCUGUUACUGCAGAUACAGAGACAUCCUUACAGGACAUUAAGGAGAUUCAUGAACUUAAGGAUCAGAUUCAUGAUGUGGAGGCUAAAUACACUCAGAACCUCAAAGAAAUGAAGGAUUCUCUAGCAGAGAUGGAGAGGAAAUAUCGCAAGGCCAUGGUGUCCAAUGCUCAGUUGGAUAAUGAGAAAUCCAAUCUGAUGUAUGAAGUAGACACUUUGAAAGACUCGCUGAUGGAGCUGGAAGAGCUUCUAGCAGAGACACGGCGAGAGUGUGAGGAGAAGAGUAAGGAUCUGGAGCGAGAGAAGCAUGCCCACAGUAUACUGCAGUUUCAGUUCAAUGAGCAAAAAGAAACAUUGAAGCAAAGUGAAGAGCUACUGACUGAGAUCCGUCAAUUAAGCGUCAAACAAGAGGGCUUUGCUAGGGAGAUUUCUGACCUGCAGGAAACUAUUGAAUGGAAGGAUAAAAAAAUUGGGGCACUAGAAAGACAGAAGGAGUUUUCAGAUGCCAUUCGAAAUGAGAGAGAUGAACUCAGGGAUGAGGUGGUUCAACUCAAAGACAGUUUAAAGAAACAUGGAAUUGUCUUUGGACUAGACCUCUGCACCAAUGGGAAUGUGGAAGAAAAUGUGACCGGUGAAUCAGCCUGCUCUGAAUUGCAACAGGGGAGCAGUGUAUUAGGCACCCAGGAGCUGUUUAGAGAUGAGAAUGUUUGGGGCUCCAGAGGUGGCCAGUUCCAACACCCACAGGAUUUUGCCAAUGGAAUUCAAGAGAAUCACCUGUCCACAUCUGCAUCUGACGAUUCUUCUAAAUCUCCUUUAAUAGCACAAAAUGAUAACAACUUGAAAAAAAUUGAAACUAUGCUAAAUGUUUUUGAGGUGAAUGCAGAGGAAAAUGUAUUCGAAAUUUCAAAAGAUAAUGUAGUAGAUAAAGAUAGUGUUGUAGCACUAGAACCUGUUACAAUUAUUAUGGAAGGUAUAACAGAUCAGCAAAAAGUUCCACUGAAUGUUGAAAGAAGUGAAAUGAGAAAAGAGGGAAAUCCUGAUUCACCAGAAAAAAUCAAAUGCAAGAUAUUAGAAAAAGAUCACCUAGAGGAAAAUGUCUGUGGAGAUUCUCAGACCAGAAUGGUUUCUGACAGUGUGCCAUCAGUACAAAUAGAGACGUCACAUUCCCAAAGUGCCGGUGCUGCAGGAAAAAAGAAGAAGAAGAAAAAGAAAAGUAAACAAAAGCAAAAGCACACUUGUGAUCCAAAAGAAGUUUCUUUAGAAAUAGGAAACAAUAAUGAAAAACAGCUUAUAGAGAGCAGUUCAAUUCAGACAGCAGGAUCAAUUUCUGAGUGCACAUAUACACAGGCAAUGAUAAAUGAGAAAGUGCCAGAUAACAUAAAUAUUGAUCAGAUUCACAAAGGAGCAGAAUGUCUAGAGCAACAAAGCCCUUAUUCAGAAAAUAUUUUAGUACCGAUCACUAAUCUGACUGGCUCAACCACUCCUGUGGAUUCCAAAGCGGACAUGAUCAUAGCGAUACCUACUUUUGACUUUCCAUUGGAAAGUACUACUGAUGAGGUAAAUGCUUCUAAUGAGAAGCACAAAAUGCCAAGCAACAUUGAUGAUGCAGAGCUGAAAGACAUUGCUGCCAUUUGUGCUGAUGUCCCUGAAUCUAAAAACUUGUUUGAGACAAAACCUGAGAAAGAUAAAACUGAAGAUAACAAAGAUUUAGUACAAAGAGAAUCAGUUGAUGAGAUUGGUCACCUACACCAAAUCCACUUUAGUGCAGAAACAUCAGAGCUAGAAACAGAAACACAGCUGGAUAACGUGUUGGAUACAACUGAAAUACAGAAAGAAGCACAGGAGAAAGACACACAGCUGGAUGAAUUGUUGAUUACAACUGAAAUACAAAAAGAAGCGCAAGAAAAAGACACACAGAUGGAUGAAUUGUUGAUUACAACUGAAAUACAGAAAGAAGCGCAGGAGAAAGACACACAGCUGGAUGAAUUGUUGAUUACAACUGAAAUACAAAAAGAAGCGCAAGAAAAAGACACACAGAUGGAUGAAUUGUUGAUUACAACUGAAAUACAAAAGAAGCGCAGGAGAAAGACACACAGCUGGAUGAAUUGUUGAUUACAACUGAAAUACAAAAAGAAGCGCAAGAAAAAGACACACAGCUGGAUGAAUUGUUGAUUACAACUGAAGUACAAAAAGAAGCGCAAGAAAAAGACACACAGCUGAAUGAAUUGUUGAUUACAACUGAAGUACAAAAAGAAGCGCAAGAAAAAGACACACAGAUGGAUGAAUUGUUGAUUACAACUGAAGUACAAAAAGAAGCGCAAGAAAAAGACACACAGCUGGAUGAAUUGUUGAUUACAACUGAAAUACAGAAAGAAGUGCAAGAAAAAGACACACAGCUGGAUGAGAUGUUGAUUACAACUGAAUCACUGAAAGAAGAGCUUAAAACACAUGAGCCCACACUCACAGAUCAUGAAUUGAAUGUAGGAAAGGAUGGUGAGGUGGAGUAUGGAGAAUCUUUUGCGUGUAAUGUGGAGGAUAUCAGUUCAGAUGGACAUAUGCUGGGAGUUGGCAUGGAAUUUCAGCAAAAAGACAGAAACAUUGCUGUGUGUGUAGAGCAGACAUGUGCAACUAAUGAAACAAGAGAGAGCGACAUGGGUAUAACCAUGGCGCAGAUAGCCACAACAGAGAAUGAUCAGCUUAUUGAGAGAAGUGGGGAACAAGGAUCUCAAGGCUCUGAAGUAAUGAUGCUUUUUGGGCACAAUGAAAAUGAGCCAUUUCCUGAAACAGAAGUCCUGGACCAGGAGGCCAGUAGUUUCAUUCCACAAGAGAUUGUUCAGAAUUUGGGAGAGCAGGAAUUUAGGGACAUCAAAGAAAAAACAUCUAAAAAAAAUGAAAAGUAUGCAGAGAGUGGCUCCAAGAAGGAAGGCAAAAAAGAAAAAGGGAAGAGUAAAGAGGACUGCAAAAUGUCCUAAUACUGUACCACAGGAUGUUGUUAUAAAAAAAACGAGUAUUUAUGUAAAUCUAGACCAAAUCUUCAGUAACAAAUUCAUCUUUAGGCAGAUUUCCAUAUCAUGAUUGUGAGAUUUCUUAAAGCACCAGUACAUAUCACAGAUUAUUUUCUAAUUAGUACCGUGUUAUAAGGUUGUUUGUUUUUUUUUUGUUUGUUUGUUUGUUUUGUAGACUUGCCAUCAGAGAGUUAAUAAUAUUUGAUUUGUAUGUGCCAUAUUAAACAACAAAAAUCCUAAUAGUCAUUUAUUGAAAAAAUGUUUUAGGGCUAUUCAACAUUCUUUUCACUGAUUUAAUCUGUAACUCUGGCACAUAUUGUAAGCAAUAAAUAAAAAAAAAGACUUUUAAAAUAAAUCACUAAUAAAGUA